AAUGAAUCUCGAUAGCGCAGCUGACUUUUGUCCCCAGUGUCAUUUUAUGUUAGAACUUCCAGAAGUCAUGGACAUAAUAGAGUGCAACCGUUGCGGAUACAAAGUAUUCAAUCACUUCUAUGCAAUUAGUGUUCCAUCACUGAUUACCAACCUAAAUACAUCAUUUCAACCAUCAAGAUGGAACCUAAGUCAUGGCUAUCAAAUCAACCCCAAGAGUCCAAACUCUCCGAUCAAUCACACAGAGCUGUCAUUGAGCAAGCCUGUCCCAAAUGUGGCCAUGAGGAAGCCUACUUCUCAACCGCACAAUUAAGAUCAGCCGAUGAAGGAUCCACCGUAUUCUAUGAAUGUGUCAAAUGCCAGUUCCGUUAUCAAUUAAACAAUUGAUUUUCAC